AUGGGACGACUGUCUUCACUUAUCCUACUGGUAGCAGCUUUCGCCGGAUGCCAAACGGCACCAACCACCACUACAUUCAUUCAGCCCGCUCAGUUUUAUCUGCUGCAACCUCAGCCAUCAACACUGAAGAUUCAGCCACACCUAAUUCAACCGAUUCAACACCUCAAAUUGCAACCUAAGCAGCAACUGAUCUAUUACUAUCCGUCGAUCCCUUUGGGAAGUCAAAUUCAUGACAAACCGAUUCAAUUGAUCACUCUAAAGGAUGAGGAAGAGGCACCCUGGUGGCAGGGUUUUGUUAAUUUCUUCCAACCAAGCACGGAAAAGCCGGCGGGAGCACCCGAGGCGGCAACGGAAGCACCCGCCGAAGGCGAAGCCAUGAAAAAACAACAAACGUUCAUGGUACCAGCCGACGCUGAGCAGCUCCCUACGAAAACCGGAGUCCAAUACAAUCCACAUGGACACCGAUAUUACAUCUUAUCUGGGGCUCCGCAGUUCUACGGGAACUUCGACGCUCUUCGAAAUCCGCUGAGUCCUAUCUUCAGUCUGCAACCACUGCAGGCUAUUCACGCCCGGGCUAACUCGGAUAUCCAAGCAGAAGACGAUCAGCAACGUCUUCAGCCCCAGAUAGUAACCUCUCUCGCACCGAUCGCACCUGUUCCGGCGCCUGUUCCAGCACAACUCAAAAACGACCUUUUGGAGUCGCAUCCGGAUAAAAUCCAUGCCACCUGGGCACGCUCUUUGGACGAAGAAUCCACUCCGGAGCCUCAGCAGCAGGAGUUGCCGCAAAUUCAAGGUCGUUCACAGCAGGAUGAAGACGAAAAUGGACAAAACCUUCCGCAGGCCGAUAUGGACGAAAGCAAAAAGGAAGACCGAGAAGAAUCGCGAUCAUCGCACGAACCAUCCGUUGCUGCGGUGAAACCUGCCGGAUUGGCUAUCGCCGGCAGUAGUGGUCUAGCUGCUUCCGCUCCAACUGGCACAGCCAUUGCCGGAAAGAAAGGCUUAGCCUUGGCGUCGCCUUCCGCUACCUCCGUUGCUGGGAAUUUCUUCGGCGAUGAUGACGACGAUAAGAAAAAUUAG